CCCAAUUCUCACAUCGUCUCGGCGACAACCCCUCCCCUCACCGCCCACUCCAUCAGGCAUAGCGCCGGCAGUAACAACCCCCGCCCCACUAAUCCACCAUCUUCCCGCCAUCACUCCGAUUUCUUAACAACCGCAUUGCAACUGCCUUUUUGCUUGUCACCUCCACCAACAAUCAAGAUGGAGGACUCGCUCACGGCAACGGCGUAUUUGUUGGCGCCUGAGGGGCCUAGGAGGAUGGAGAUUGUGGAUAGUGUUGUUAAAGGACUCGAAGAUGGGAGUACCAAACUAGGAGAUGUCGUGCUCUCACUGCAUGAUCCGUUAUUCGGGAACGACGACGAGCAGAAGACAUUAAGUACGUCGUCCACCCGCCCCCCCUUACCCGGCACAAACGAUGAUCUGAAAUUGGGCAAUGCGAAGCUGACAACUAAUAGCCAUGGAGUACGUAGCAGCCAUCCUGCGCGGGCUCAAACCCGACGCCCUGAUGCGAUCGAAUGUGCGACUCCUCUUCAAUUUCGUCGAGACACGCCUCGGCCUCGACCCGAGCGGCUUCAAAGAGACCGUGCAAUCCCUUCGCUACCUGGUGGCGAUGUUGCGCUUUGAGGCCGCUCGUGGGGCGACGCUGCCCUCGCUGGUUUUCAACGUCGCCCAGGGAAACUUCGCCAAGAUGCCGGUGAUGACACGAUUCGAAGUGUAUAAUCUGCUUAAUGAGCUGCUGAGCGUGCGCCGCGAUACGAUGAAGGAGACUGGUGUGGAUUUCAUUAAUAUUCUGAUUGAGUUGUCGGCGAGCGAGAGGGAUCCGAGGAACUUGAUGCUCAUCUUCUCGAUGGUGGAGGUGAUACUGGCGGAGUGGGAUAUCGAUGAUAUCGAUAAUCUCAAGGAGGAUCUUUAUGACAUGCUCUCGCGGUACUUUCCGAUUACCUUUUCGGCGAAGAAGAGUGAUCCCGCCAGCAUCGAUCCACCGGAGCUCGUCGUGCGAUUAAGGAAAUGCUUCGCAGCGUAUAGCGGGUUCGCUCCGUCGAUAUUCCCGAACCUCAUCCAACGCCUCGACGACCCGAAUCGUCUGAACGCCAAAGCGGACGUCCUCCUAACCAUGAAAGCGUGCAUCGAACGCUACCACCCAACCACCGUCUCCAAAUGGAGCAGCCCCCUUUGGGACGCGCUGAAAUACGAAAUUUUUAACUCAAGCGAUGACUCGCAAGCCCCUAAAGCCCUGGACGUCCUCGGCGCCAUCGCUACCCGCCUCUCAGGUGACCUCGUCAUCCAGAACCUCGUCGGCACCGUCCUGCAGGAAUACGUAACCGCCAUUGUCGAUGAGUGCAUGACGCGCCUGCGCGAGAAUGGCCCAAAGUACUCCGCCAGCGCCGGCGCGAUCAUGGCAUCUAUCAUUGCCGCGUCGCCAUUCGCGUAUCAUCUCGUCAUGCGCGCCGCGCUGCCGGAGCUGUUGAAAGAGUUUGGCGGGAGGGAUGCGAGUGUAGCCGACAAGCGUGCGGUGGUCGAGACGAUCAAUUUGCUUCUUGAUGGCAAAUUUGAGGCGUUGAGACGACAGGAUAAGUGGGAGUUCAGCUCCGUGGGGAUCAUUGACGGCAUCAGCUCUGACGCUGACCGCGCGUCGGAGGCUGGAGGGGACGUAGGCGUUUCGAACAAGGGACUUGGAUACUACCGCGACGAGCUGACGGCGAUGUAUAUGGGUGUCGCCAGGGAUACCCAGUGCGAUGACAAGCAGUUCCGUGUUGCGGCCAUGCAGGGCCUAGCGAAACUGCUGAGGCUGCCGCAGUUCCUGGAGAAGGGGAGUUUGGACUCGUAUGUCCAGUUUUUGGCCGGCGUUGUGCUCGAGACGGCGGAUGUGAAGGAGCCGGUGAGAAAAGAGGCAAUCAAGGCGCUGCAGGAGUGCGCGGUGGCAUAUACCAGUUUGGUUACUGAGCAGGCGUUCCCCGUGCUCCUGGCUGCGCUGCCGGAUGUUUUGGAAGGCGGGGAGACAGUUGCGGACAAACUCGCUGUGCUUCAGGCCCUGGGAGAUAUUGGGUCUAGGGGACGAGUUAUGGACACGCUCCUGCGGAGAUUGUUAAGCAAAUUGGAUAUCGUCGUUCGUGCGAACGAGACACAGAAGUAUGGACACCUGGUGCUUGCAGGGAUCUUAUACGCGGUCGAGCAGAGGCAGGCGCAGAGUGAGAAUGGUGAGGUCGCGAUGAGAGAUGAGGAGGGCUAUCGCAGUCUUGUUGAUGAACUACUCCGUCGCACUGCAGCGCUCAAGGUGAAUGCGAAGAAGUGGUAUGUCGGGACCCGUGAUUUGGAGACCGCAGGUGGCAAGGCGCAGCCUGAUGACACGUUUCUGGAGGUCGUGGGGAGAAUCAUCAUGGCUGCCACUUCCGGUAUGGGCUUUGAUGAGCAGUAUUGGAUCUUUGAGAGAGCAUUUGCUUUGAGCGUCGCGUACGAUGACUUCACCGCCGCCUGCGUCGCCGUGACUUCACCGGACGACCUCCCCGACGACGACCUCUCCGCCACCACCGACAUAUCAAAGCGUGUGGACAUCCUCGACGCGCAGUUGGACCUUCUGUCCGGCCCCGCCGAUAAACUUCACGUUCUCACCCUGACUAAGUACAUCCUCGCCACCCUCCGCCGUGACAACCGCAUCACCAAACCCGCCGCCGUCAUCGUCACCGGCCCACCACCAGCAACUCUUCCCGUCAAAAAGCGAAUCCUCACCAUCAACACCACCGCCGCCGCCACAAACCUCAUCACCUACCUCACCACCACCGCCUGCACCCCCUCCCUCCGCUCUACCCUCCUCGACAUCCUCUCCCUCCUGAUCAACAAAUUCGCGGCCCUCACUCCGGCUGUAACAGCACAACUUCUGGGUCGCUUCACUACCCUCCCCACGCUGCCGGCGCAGGAAGCGAAGUUAACGAUCCAGACUUUGACGACAUGCACGCAUGCCUCCCUCCUCGCCGGGCUUCCUGUGGCUACACAACUAUCCACCGCUCUCCUAACCGCGCUCUCCCUCCCCGCUCCAACGGGUCAGUUAGCCGCACAAGCAUUCACCCACCUCCUCGCCCCCUCACCCCUCCUCACGCGUCGACAACACGCUCUCAUCCGCCCUCUCGCGCAACAGCGACUUUUCCACACCGCUGUCCCGGAACUUCUGUCCACUUUCUCCUCUACCAGCACGUCGGGGCCAACAAAGACGAAUGUUCUGGUUGCGCUAUCAGGCCUCCUAGCCCACGCACCAGAAGAGUAUAUCACGCCUUUCAUCCCAUCCCUCAUCCCUCCACUCCUGCAAUCCCUUGAUUCCUCCCCCGCGUCCACAAAAAAGGCAUCCAUUGCAGUUCUGCGCUCCGCUGCAACGAGUAGCCCAAGGGCGCUACAAGAGCACGAUGCAGCGCUGGUGAAGAGGUUGUUGGCGUGUGCUACCGGAACGGAAAGCAGGGAAGUGAAGGUGCGCGCGCUGGAGUGCCUUGAGAUUUUGCCAAAGGUGUGGGAGGUUGCUGUUGUGGUCAGGUUGAGGGGGGGGUGGUGA